AUGGCGCCUCGCUCUCAACUUGAAAUUACUACUUCCUCGGUCAUUCGACUGGUUAAGGAAGAAGCAUCCUACUACCGUGAGCUCAAACAACAGGAAGAGCGGAUCAAGAAAAUCGAGUCUGGACAAGGCGAGGACGAGGAGAAUAAGGAGUUUCUCGUGAAACAAGAGCACCUGGCUAUGGAGGAGACCAAGAAGGUCCUUCCCACCCUCAAGAAGAAACUCGCAGAGACCGUGGCUGAAUUGGAUAGCCUGAUCGCGGAGGAGGGCAAGAAGGGCGCUGAGAGCAAUGUUGCCCACAUCACGGCAGCAAAGGAAGCCAUUGCCCAGGCAAAAACAGCCGAGCGAGAGAUUUCAUGA